UUUUUUUGUAAGAUCCAGACGAGGCAGGUAUCAUUGCCCUCUCAACCGAUACAAUUAUCCAAGACGUUAAGUAACUUCAUUUUUUUUUUUUUUUUUUUUUUUUUGCGCCAAUACCCUAAAAAUCCUACGUAACACGAUGAAUUUUUAAGCAUGGAUACAUUUGUCCCCAUUUAAAACUACGCAAAACGCAUAAAAAAAAAAAAAAACAUGUUUGUGACUACACUGAGCUUAGCUCGUAUCUAAAGAGAGAAAGUUUUCAAUAAUAAAGCUAAAGGCAAGGUCAACGAGGCAGAGACGCUACUAGCAGAAAAUUGUUGUUAAUGCCUGCGAUAUAAAAGCUUUCACUCUGGUAAUGGACUCUAUAUAACUCAGUGAAAACAGCUUAAAAACAAACAGUGGCGUAAAACGCUUUCUAACGACGGCUAGCGUCGAAAUAACUCAUGUUGUCAUUAGCUACCGAGCUACGUUAGCGAUUACGUUCAACCUAUUAUAGGCUAAUUACGGUGGAUUUAAACAUAGCAACUGUCAAAGCGAUGUUUUCAAACGAUAUGUGUCAGAAAAUAUCCCAUUUCGGCUGCACACCGGACUCAGCUUGCUACCUAAACUAGCCAAGGUAUGCGGUGGGUCGUAAAGGCCUUGGCGUGUAGGUUCAAAUGACACCAGAUAUGAUGGCGGAGGGGGCGGAUUGCUGCGAAUUUAACUCCCCGGCCUGCUCCGCCAAGGCGCCGACGACCACCUUCCACUACCAUACCGAUUAUGUGGAAGAGCUGCAGGAACAAGCUUGAAAUUGUUAUCACUGAGACAAGCACACCAUACUUGACAAAGUGGGAUGGGCAGAAUAUGCCCAGGGUGUACACCCUCUCUUCCAUUGACUGCUGGAGAUAUGCCUGGUCCUGUUACCCUGCAAGGACCAAGCAGCUGGUGUCUGAAGGUGAGAGCAGUAACAUGAAGGUGCUUCCUAUGAUCAAAGACAUAUCUCCUCUCCUUGAGGACAGCCAGACUGUUUUGGAAGACUACAUAGAUGCUGUAGAAUACAGACGUGGCACACUGAAUCCUGACCAGCACCAAGCAGAUCCAGAUGACAAAUCCUCUACCUACACCCUUACCAACGUUGUUCCACUGAUCACAGAUUUCCUGGAGACCUGCUGGAAUCCUUACUUGGAUACCAUCCGCCGACGUCUAAACAACUUCUGCCAUGGUAAAUCUUACAUCGUGACUGGAGUAACUGUUUCAGGGGCCACCGUUAAACGUGACAACAAGGACCGUCUUUCAAUACCAAAACACGUAUGGAUGGGAUACUGCUGCCCAAAAUUUGACCGUAACUCACCCUAUGAGGUGAGAUUCAUGUUCCCUAGUUAUGGGGGCUAUGCCCUGAAUGAGCAGACUGGCAACAAUGUGGUGGAGGUGCCAUUAAAGAAACUGGAGACGUUCCUGAGGAGCCACACAGAGGCUGACAUUGACAUGACUAUUUUCUAUAAGGGCUGUGUGUCAGAAAACGGCAUCAAAAAGAGAAGAGACCUGCCCAGUGUUGACCUGCAACCUGUAUAAAUGGAACUGUUUCUAAUAAACAUAAACCACUACAGUGUUAAAUUAUAGCUCCAUAUGCUUUGGUUAAAAUUGUUUUCAUGGAUAUUAGAAAGAGAUGGCUGAUCAAAAACUACAUUCUCUCCCAACCUGGCCUUAUAGAGACUGUUUAGAUUGUGUCUCUCUGCUGGAUGCUGAGUUCAUAUACAACAUGAUGGCAGACUGGCAGGCAAAUAUAAAAUAUUUUACUGAGUUACAUUUUUUUGUCCAGUGCUUUGUAUGUAAUGACCCCUUACAGAAAAAUAAGAGUUUAAACUAUUAACAAAAAAAUCUAUGUUCCCAAGCUGGAACUGUGCAGCUAGGGAUGGCGGUGUGGCUGGGUCGGUGGGGCUUGGUGACCUGCGUCCCGCUUUGUGCCUCUGGCCUGGGGGCUACUGCUCCUGUGCCUUGCUGGUGACCUACUUCUGUGCUGGGCGUAUGGCUGACCUGGGGUGAUGCUUUAUGUCUGGCUGCCUCGGACUGCUGGGGCCUUCCAGAGCCGGGUCUACUUGUCUAUUUGUCAAAAGCAUCAGCAAAAUCAUCUUGUAUUUUUCAAGCAUUGAAUAAAAAUCUGUCAGUUUUUUUCUGUUUAUUGUGUAGCCUCCAUAUUACAUUGUGCGUGUGUAUUAAAGUAGCGCUUUUUUGGAAGUUAUUUUGGAUUUUAAAAUGGCCUGACAAUGAGAGAACAGAAA